AUGAAUUUUGGUUUGAGGUCGUGUGCGUGUCGCAAAACAUACCGAGAAAAUUUCAAAUCGCCCAACUACGAAUCAGAUUCAUCUCUUCAAUUUCGGACAAUGACUAAUAAGGUGGACCGGCUAGGGGAAUUGAUUCUCAAGGAAGGGGACAAGUACUCAGAUCUUAUCAUAAUAUUCCAAGGAGUAGCAUUUCGCGUGCACAGAAAUAUCAUUUGCGUACAAUCCGAAUUCUUCACUACUAUGGUGGAUAGCGAUUGGGAAGAUGGUACUGCUUGUGAGAUACUGCUCGAAUCUGAUGAGACUGAUCUCGAUGUCUUUCAAAGAAUGGUCCGAUUUUUCUAUCACCGCUCUCUUGAUGAUGAACAUGACCUCGUCACUCUUACCAAACUUUACGUUAUGGGGGGGAAAUGGAACAUUCCUUUCCUGAAGGAGAACGCUGCUUCCAAGGUUGAAGUCCUUCUAGACACAUAUUCACGGCACGGUUAUUCUUCUACUGAUGCAGUCUUCGAAAUGCUGAAGCUCGCUUAUGCAUGUCUUCCACAAUUGGAUACUGAUCUCAAAGUUGUCAUCUUGCAUCACGUUCUCAAGCAUGAAAGUUUGGAGGCCUUGAUGAACGAUCGUGACUUCAGAGCUUUUGUUGUGCGGAAUGUAACCAUAGCAAUAGACCUCUUAGAAGCCCAGCUGUAUACUCACAGAAAGGCUCUCUAUAUUGAGAAAAGGUCCGAAGAUCAAUAA